CGAAGCGAGGAGAGUAUGGAUGAGCGAUCGUAGCAUAAAAUGGAGAGACAUUGGCAAUGAAGAGAGAAGAAGGAUCCUUGACAAUAUCAAUGCGCAACUAAGCGUCAAGGGAUGCCCUGAAGUGGAUCUUUAUGUGGUUAAGUGGCGGAUCAGCCUUGCGCUGAGUAAUCUCAAGACAGAGGAAAAGAGAAAGGCUAAAGCUUCGGGAGAGGGUGGCUCGUCUAGUAGUACUCCAGCAACACGUGUGUCUCAGGCUGCCACACGACUACCUUACGAUCCUGUUCGAGAUGUUCCAUGACGAAACUAGGAAAUGUAAAUCCAAGUUAGUCUUUUGGAUAUGUUGCACGUCUAUGCAGACGUUCUAACUUUACAUGUUGUAGACGGUGAGGGCUGUUAUGCACGACAUGUUCCAUUGAAGCGGGGAGUCUUUGCUCGGGAACUAAUGGGUAUUUCUAAACGAGUUACAACGCAGUGUCUGGUCGGUAUUCUAGUUAGUCAGUCGUAAUAGUCGAGCUUUGUUUCGAUGUUAAUAUGUGUAUUUCUUGACAAAAGGUCAAUUUGAACUCCCAUAGCCACUAGUGAGCGGGGUAUUGAAUAGAGCUAUUAUGAGAGACACUAAGACAAA